AUGUUUAGAAGUAACUCAAAUGAAUUUGUAAGUCAAAAUUCUAAUAAAAUAAAUUCAAAUUCAAAUAAUAAUUUUAAAUCAAAUAAUUUAAUUAAUAAUAAUAAUAAUGCAAAUAUUAAACAUGAUUUAUUUUUUAAAGAAUUAAAUUCAUCAAAAAUUAUUCAAACAAAUUUAACUAAUAAUGGUAAAAAGGAUUCAAAAUUGACUACUUCUUCAAUAUCUUCAUCAUCUUCAUCAAAUUCAAAUUCAAAUUCUUUAAUAGAUUUUAAUAAAAAUGAUUUAUUACCAGAAUUGUGGCAAACUUCAUCAAAUGAUACUUAUUUAUCUUCAGAUUCUUUAGAUUAUUUAACAAUAAAACAAGAUUUAACUCAAUUACAACAACAACAACAACAACAUCAUCAUCAUCAACAGCCACAACAAUUACAACAACCACAACUACAAACAUCAUUUGCAUUAGACAAUUAUUUAUCUCAACCUCAAUCUCCUCCAACUUUAAAACAAUUUCCUAAUUUAAACAAUAAUAAUAGUAAUUUUAAUGUUAAUUAUAAUCAUCAUCAUCAAGAACAACACCAUCAACAACAACAACCAAAUCAAUAUUCUCAAGAAUCUCCAUUAAGUUUACAAUUUUCAUCUCCAAAACAACAACUACAACCUUUAUUACAAUCUCCAAUUCAAUCCAAUUUUAAUUCAAUUCAACCGUCAUCUCCUCAAUUACAAAACUAUUAUUUAUCUCAACAACAAGAACUUAAUUCAAGUCUUUGGAAACAACAACAACCACAUCAUCAACAACAACAACAAAUGGGAUAUUAUCAAGAACAACUACAAAAUAAUUCAAUUCAAUCACCUGAACCAUUUUUAAAUUCUACAACAUUACAACAAAUAUAUUUAUUAGAUGAAGAAGUUCAAUCUAGAAAAAAAUCAAUAAUUGAAUAUACUCAACUUGAUGAUAAUUUACAACAACAACAAUUACAACUACAAUUUCAACAAUUACAAUUACAACAAGAGCAACAACAACAACAACAAAAUAAAUUAAAACCUAUAAAUACUCAAUUAUAUAAAACUGAAUUAUGUCAAGCAUUUAUGAGAAUGGGUGUUUGUCCUUAUGGUUUAAAAUGUCAAUUUGCUCAUGGAGAACAAGAAUUGAAAUAUGUUGAAAGACCACCAAAAUGGAGAUCAAAACCUUGUUCAAAUUGGUCAAAAUUUGGAAGUUGUAGAUAUGGUAAUAGAUGUUGUUUCAAACAUAGUGAUUAA